AUGGGUCUACUGAGUUCUAAAAGCUCCAAAGUCCAGCAAGCUCAGAUUCUUCUCCUGGGACUUGAUGCGGCAGGGAAGUCAACGAUCCUUUAUAAAUUAAAGCUUGCUCCAAACAUUACAACCAUCCCAACAGUGGGUUUCAACGUGGAGAUGAUCGAGUUGGAUAGGAGCCUUACACUCACUAUCUGGGAUGUUGGUGGACAGGAAACCAUGAGAACCGUUUGGGAUUAUUACUGUGAGAACAUCGAUGGGCUGGUGUACGUCGUAGAUAGCACGGACAAAGAGCGACUGGACGACUCCAGGAGAGAGUUUCAGCACAUUUUGAAGAAUGAACACAUUAAAAGCGUUCCUGUUGUCCUGUUAGCCAACAAACAAGACAUGUCCGGAGCUCUGACUGCUGAGGACAUUACCAGAAUAUUCAAAGUGAAGAAACUUUGUAGUGACCGGAACUGGUAUGUACAGCCCUGCUGUGCCACCACCGGGGAAGGGCUAGCAGAGGGCUUCUGGAAAUUAACUGCAUUUGUGAAAAGCCGUCUGAAAUCAAGAGGAAACACUUCAGCAUUUUUUAAGCAGAACUGA